AUGCCUCACGUUACGUUGAACGAAGUCAAUAAACUAUCCAUGCUGCGUACCUUGGAAAGCGGACGAUAUCUGAGUAUGAGUUUUCGUUCAUGGGAUCUGUACGAGUAUCCUCUAUUGUCGAGCACGACGAAGCACUCGUGGGCUAUUAAAACGGCUAUUCAGUUCGAGAAGCCGCGAUACGUCAUCUUUGCUUUGCAGACUAAUAGAAAAAAUAACAUUGCGACACAUAAAACUUACCUCGACAAUUGUAAAUUAACCAAUGUGAAACUCUAUCUGAACUCUGAAUUUUUUCCAUACGAUGAUCUGAAUCUGGACUUCGACAAACGUAGAACCGCUAUUUUAUAUGAUAUGUUUGUACGUUUCCGUGCAUCUUACUAUCAAAUUUCAAAAGAAAGUAGUGAAACGUUAUUCAAGACAGAUUCGUUUAGGAAUUUCUUUCCUCUAGUGAUUACUAGACAGUCAAUGAUUAUUGACUGCUCGCGACAAAACGAGUCCGUCAAGAGUGGCACCGUGGAUGUGCGAUUAGAAUUUGAAUUCAAAGAAAAUGUAUCGGCGAAUACUACUGCCUAUUGUCUUAUCAUUCAUGACCGCGUGAUUGAAUACAGUCCAUUGUCCAACGUAGUACGCAAGAUUAAAUAG